GGGAGGUCCCGCGGGCAGCUCCCGGUCCUGGCCGGGGGUUCCCGUCCCGGCUUCGCGCCGUUGGGCUCCUCGGAGCUCGGGGCCGGGUCAGAGCUUGGUCUCCACGCCGAGGCCGCCGGCAGGAGGGGAGCGGUGCUGAGAGGCCGAGGUGGAAGUGUGACUUAGAAUGGUGGCGGCCCCGCCACUUGGAUGGCGUGGAAGUCGCUCACCGCUCGCAGUACUGCCACGAGCGCUGUGGCCGGGAUGUGGGGAAGGGCCGUGAUGGUUCUCAGAGAUAGCGAGGCCUGCGGUUCUCCUUACGGCGGGAUCGAAGGAGGAGAAGGGCUGACAAGGUCAAGCAGGGGCUGUGCAGGUGGACUACAGGGCAGCGUCAACGCAAGGUACAACUAUCGCCUUCCUACGUUCGGCUCUCCGUUCCUGUGCUUAGGUCCGCUUCGCCACACUCUGACACCUGAUGCGUCCACCGCCACCAGUGCAGGGUGCAUUCUGAUCAGGUUAACGUGUAGCCCUGCUGCUCUGUGGCGUUUAUUGCUCUCUCCCCCGCCCCCUCGCCGGCUCCUUCCAUCUCAGUUUUAUCUCCCUAUCGAUCUGUUUCUCUCACACUCUCUGACACGCUCGCUGCCUUUCAUUAUUAGUCCGAUAAAGCAAGGCAGCCUGAGCAGCCCAGCUGCACCAACCUGCCUCCGUUUUCCUCCUCCGCACCGACCCCAGGUCCCGUGUGCUCUUUGCUGGGUCACCACCAUUUUUCUUCUCCUUUGUCCUGCAUGGAGCUAAAACAUGGGCAAGGAAUGAAUCACACCCUGAGCUCUCUAAAUGAGAAGGCCAUCGUCUUCUCUGAAUACACAAGCACUCAUGUGAGCGCACGGUAUCUUACCCAUAACUUAGCGAAGUCUUUGCCUCAUCCCUAGAUCAGAGUAACAGGUGCUGAGAUUAAAUUCCAGACUUGUGGAGUCUCUAAGUCCCAUGAUUUCAUUUCAUUUCGCUACGGAUUCUCGAGUGCCAAUCUUAACGUUACAGGGAAACCGAAAUGAGAUCUUUGCGUAACCUGGGUCAAACAUUAAGAGUCAAAGGUAGGAGGCAAAGAGUGCGGAUGAACGCAAGCCUUUACAGCAUUUCAAAAGUUGAAGAUGAAUCUCAUGAUAUCGGGACGUUGUGGGUUAUUAUUUCUGAGUGCUGGAGGCUUGUAGUCCUCUCUGCAGCUACCUCUCACAUCACCCCCCUCUUUCCAGAAUGAAAGCACCACUCUUUUCCUGCUGUAGAUCCACCUUCUUUCCCACGCACCCCUGGCCCACUUUAAAGCCCACAGAGCCAUACUGUAUUGUUCUAGGUUGCUUCUCUCUUUACCACUGCAAAAUCAAAAUGACUUGUCAAAAUGCUGACAAUAUUUUUUCUCUAGCCCUUCUCCAAACAUAGCCUGGGUCACAUCUUCUGAAAUGAUUUUUCACAACUCUGUGCAGGUGCUACAGACUCCUAGGCAAAAAGCUUGUAAGGACGAGGGAGGAUGGGGCAAAUCUCUUUGGCAGGCAACAUGAUCAGGGAGGUUUUUAACCCUGUCACUUGUACUAGGUUAACACACUGCGUGGUAAGACCUGUGCCUAGUUACAUCUAGGGCAGCCUAACACCUAUUGCUUACAAAGGAGUUCAAGAGGAGAGCGGCUGCACAGUAACUCUUAUUCCCAUGCACUCUCGCAGCCCUGAGGAAUUUGCAGAUCAGGAACUCUUUUUUUCAGACAGCCUCCAGUCAUGAUUCUCCAGAAGAGAGAGGACCUUUCGCGUCACAUGGCGGCUUGUGUCCGCGCUUAGGCAUUGUCCAGUGACCGGCUCUCCUUUAUUCUCUGCCAGAAUACCUGGUAUGCUUUCCCCCAGGAAGGAAGUCAUGCUGUAGUCAGGUCAUGUCUCUUUCUGCUUUUUGAUAAGUUAAACAGGUCGACCUCUUUAAAUUACUGAGAUCUCCAGCCUUCAGGUCAUCUUUGAUUCAAAGCUAUUUUUAAAGCAUGGACUUCAGCAUUAGGCUCACCCAGGUCACAGAGAGGCCUGAUCAUCUCCCUUCUCCUCCUAACUCUUGAACUCUUGUCUUUGCACAGCCAGGCACUUCUGCAGCAUUGUCCACGGGGAUUGUGCUGUUUGUUUGUUUGUUUUCUGUCCGAUUUCCUUUUAAGAUCACUUUUUUUUUUUCUCAGUACUGAAAAUUGUUCACUGUAGACAUGGUCUUACCUACUUCGUGGACAUCUUUUCAUAGCUGUACAAUUUGCUCUCAUCUGUCUUACAAGAAGUUUUACGGGAGCGACCACCUUACCAGUGCGACAGGUCAUUCUGCACUGGCCCUACCCUUGUUAUUCUUAAUACUAACAGUAUUUGUGUGUUCAGCAAACUGUCAGAAUAAAACAUAUCUGCUCACCAAACGCUGAAUUAAAUGGUGACUUACACUGGACCCAGCACUCAUACCUGGACAUCCACAUCAGAAACUGUCACUCAGUGGAGGGCUUCCAGGGACGGCCCUUUUGCAUUUGGUUCAACACAGUUAACUGGUCCACUUAAUCUCCUGCUCUGUUAAUAUUGUGUAAUGCUGUUUUUUUCCCACCAGAUUGUUUUAGGAUAUUAAUGCUUCCAGAAGCCUAAAUAGAUCUAAGCCAUCACCUAUUCCAAAUAAACCUGAAGUCACAUCAAAGACUGACAAGAACAAAACAAGUUUGUGCAGCAAGAUCAGUCUCCUCCAAAUCAGGCUGAUUGGCGUUAGCUGGAGAAUCUCAUAUCAGCUCUUCUCUUGCUUUGCCUAGAAAUUUUCAGGUCUUCUGUUUGCUCUUUACAAAUACCAGCACAGCACCGCUCUUCUCCCGUCUUCUGGGACAUCUGUGAAAUUCCAGAACUUAUUAACAAGUUGUUUUUUGAGCAACAGGACUGAGGAACCUGGCGUCCCUACGGAUUUGUUGCCUGUGUGUUCUAUACUUGCCAUGCCAUCAGCCAAGGUACCUUGAUGACACCCUUUCUGCAAUGCACCACAGCCCCUCGCCUGUAGCCGAUGCCUUGGGCUCCUCCUCCACCACUCUCCAGCACACACAGCUUCCUCAGUAUUUUCUGCUUAAUUUAUUUCAGCCUGCUGGCCAGACUGCUCUGACCAGCAGGGUUUUGCCCAGCAGCAUGGCCAUGGGGUCUCCUCCAGCACAUUCACCAGCAGCAUCUCUGUCUGGCUGCUGGUUCUCUCUCGUACAAGUUGUUGGAGCUUAUUUACCUUUCAGACUCUGCUUCAUUUGUCAAGCCCAGCUGAACGCGGCCCGUGGCAACUGAGAGAUGAGCAGAUGGACUGACGGACAGCAGAGCAACCGCAGGAGCCUCACUGCCCUCAGGACACAAAGCUAAAUCAGAGCAUUAGAGGUCCACUUGGCCUCAGGACUGGUGUAAAUAACCUCUACGUGAUGACUGUGCCAGGCAGAAAUAACAGUCUUGCAUCCUUCUGGGUGUGAUGGUGCAGAAGGUACGUUAUCGAUCGUGGUCCAAAUCUUGGCCAAAUACACAACAGAGGGAGUUGUCACAUUUCCAUCUUCGUUUUGUCAUCACAUCACCUUCACUCGCACACCCUCAGAAUAACACUUCUUGCUUAAUAUAUCUCUCAUCUUCCCUUUUCCACAGCCAUCCACCUGCACCAGCAACGGGGACUCAAAUGUCCCCGUUGUUUCCUGCUACCUUUCCUUUCAGCCCAUCCCAAGUGCCUCCUUUUGCCACUCUGCUUCUCCAGAGCCAUGCUCCCAAAGAAGCGUGCCUUUCCCUUUAUGUCAGACCCUGGAAGCUGCCUUGAUGCCUCCGACUUUCAUCUCCCACCCAGGGCUGCUCGGCGGCCGCCUCCUGAUUUGGCCUGUGCCUGCUGAUGGUGCUGAUGGUGGAGGGCGAAUCUCCCUGCAAAACGCGCGGCCCCUCCGAGGCACAUAAUCUUUUUGCUCUCAUUUCACCGCCACAUCCCUGCCAUCUCCAGACGCAUCCAUCGAUCCCCGGCAGAGACAGCUCGGGGACCCGCGGGGCGAUCCCGUGGCCGGAGCGGACCCCGCUCUGCUCCCGCAGCACCCGCUCUGUGUUCCACUCGGCCCACGCGUGGGCGCCUCGGCUCUGCCCGCGGGGCUCCCCCGGUCCCACGCCGGCCGCGGCUAAGGCCCCGGGCCCGGAGCUCGGCGAGACGGGGACGCGGGGCGGGGGAACGAGGAUCGGAGGCGGCGGGGGCGCGGCGGGGAGGGGGAUCCCGAGGGGUCCCCGAGGCCGGAGCCGUCCGGGGGAGGCGUUCUCUCUGCCGAGGGAAGCGGCGGGUCCCUUGGAGACACCUCUCUCCAUAGCAACCCGAUCGCUUCCUGGGAAGAUCCCGAAAUAACCGACACGACGGGAGCGGCGCGGAGCGGGCAGCGGCGGCGGAGAGGCAGCAGCACCGGGCAGCCAGGGCUCAGCCUCGCCGAACCUUCCUUCUCCUCCUCUCCUUCUUUCGUCCUGACCAUGAGCGGCAGCGGCGGCAGCGGCCGUGCCCCUCCGGCCCCCAGCCCCGCCGCCCCGGCUGCGCCCCGCCCGGCUCCCCGCAAGAUGGAGAGAAGAAACGGAGAGGUCAAUCCCUCCUCCUGCACGGCCAGGAGCGCGUCGUGCCACAGAGAGCCACUCGGAUGGGGAGACGGCACCUGGAGCACUCGGAUGCCCGAGAACAGUAGGAAGCUGGGAGGCAGGAGAUUGGCAGACUCAUGACAUGUAUUGCAGGCAGGCACUAGAUGGCAGGGGACCGGCAUCCUAGAGUGCUGGCUGGAAUGGGGCCGUGCUCACAGUUCCCAAAUGCAGGAAGACUUGAGCUCAGAGGACCGCUGCCAGGGAUAUCCGUAGUGAAUCCUGUUCCCUAGAUACCGGGGUGUCCAAAGGCAUGGGCACCAUCGCUCUCCAUCUCUGGAUUGUGCCCUAGGCCAGCACUUCUGUGCCCAGCCCACGGGUGCUUGCCCUGGCACCCAGCAGUGGUAUGCCCGUCAGCUGGCACUGAGCGCUGCAGGACCUGCACUGACACUGGGUGAGCCCACGGGCCCCUCCGUGCCGGACCAUGGCACUACCACCAGCCCAUACCCUGUCAGGCAGCAUGCAGAGCAGCCUGACACUAGCCACCACAUUCAGACUGCCAGCCCCGAGGUCAUCUUGCUCUGUGAGCCAUCGUUCCCGGCCACAUGCACACAGGAACUCCCUCUCCAGAUGGGCUCGGCUUCUACCAUGGCUGGGCACCAGUACUUGGCCUCACACCUCCAGCGGUCUGAGCUCCUUCAAGUGCAGCGAUUGCCUCCUUAGAGCAGCUGACCUGGAAUCCUUCCCCUUCCCUGUUCCCUCCCAGAAGGAUGCAGAAUCCCUUCUCACCAGCACUGAGGCUCAUGCUUGCUGCUACCAAAACAACGACUGCAGCUCUGCAUCUUGGACCACAAGCUCCAGGAUGCUCACAGCCACCGAGAAAAACACAUAUGUGGGAUGCUCAGGGCACAAGUGGUGUUGCAGCAUCUCGCUGCCAGUGUCCCAACUCUCUCCGCUCAAUGCCCAGAGGUAGCUGCUGGGCUCCACGGUCCCAGAGUGCCGUCACCUACCAGUAGCUAUCACCACAGUGCUGGGUGCUGGCUGGGAGUUACAAAUGCCAGCCAGCGUUCUGCCUCCGUGAGCAGGGCUGGGUCCUCCUCAGGUCUGUUUUGAUUUUUUAUUACCGUUCCGAGUGGGAUCGUUGCCGUGGGGGAGCCGGGCAGAAAGAGGAUUUGCAUGAAGCUGUCGGUGCUGCAGGGUUGCUAAUGGCGAGUGUUAUUUCAGCUGGUAGCAAGUUUCAUAAUCUUGGCCCAGCUCUGGUGGAUGUUCUGUUCCUCGGGGUCGUAAGCCUCUUUCCCCUUCUCCUAUCCCUCCCCCCGCUCCCCAAAGUGGUCGGCAAUUUUGUUGUUCCACUGGAAUAUAUCUGUCAUGUGAGGUCAUCGCUGCAUAAGUAGAGGUGAUUGAUUGCUUAGGUCGCAGGGCCCCAUCCCAUGUUGGGCUUUGAAUACCGGGUUGGAGACCUUAACCGGACCCGGUUCUCGCAGGAGAGCGGUGUGGGGCGCGGAGAGGCACGGUGAUGCAUUCCCGACAGAUUGAGUGGCUGAGCAAACAGACUGCUGCAUUCGGAACUAGCUGGAGCGCUUGGAGAGCAGACAGCUCCAUUCCUAGAGGCACAGUAGCACAGCAGUCGAGCCCGAGAUGCUACAAAAAUACAGAUAGAUCAUCGUCUGCCAGCCGAGCCAGGCAGGAGUGGGCGCAGCUCCCUUCCCAUCCCCAGAUGGAGGAGGCUGCCCGCUUGUCACCAGCACGUCCUGCGUGUGCUCGGCCUCACCCAGCAUCCCCAGUAAGGGUCGAUCUCUGCUCGGCACCAAGAGAGCUGCGAGAUUCUCACAUUUUAAGGCCGGGGGACCAUUUUGAUCAUCCGGUCUGAUCUACAGUGCAGCACAGGCCAGAGAAUUUCACCAAUUUCAUUUCCUGUGUCAAGCCCACGGCCCCUGGUAGCACUACAGCAUCUCUUUGAGAAAUGCAUGCAAAUGCUUCAGGCAACAGGGAAUUCACCAACUCUCAGGUAAACCGUUCUGGUAUGUGACCCUCUUUAUUAAUAGUAUUGUUCCUCAGAUGAAUUUGUCAAACUUCAGUAUUUCGUACCAGAAGGUUACGGAUUGCAGUUGAUGUGAGGGAGCUACAGCGCGGGUAUUGCUGCACGUGGCUGGCACCUCCACUCUUCUGUUCCAGUGAGAGCUUUUAUAUUUGAAUAGGAUUUCUCCUUGAGACUACUGCAUACCAGAGUUCUGGACAUGGAGGAGUUGCCCAUAGCAAAUCCCAGGGCUUCACCCAAGCACUGUGGCAUGUAGACUCCAGAGCUCAGGAGUCAUAUCUGCGGUUCAACCUGUGCUCCCUGCUCGGAGCUGGCAUGCAGCGGGCUGCACUCCCAGGCACUAGUUAGGGCGCACAUUCCCAGCUCCCUUCGUGAGCUGCCAUAUGUGCUUUGGGGCAGGGCUGCUGAAAUCUGCUCUCACAUCCCAGCUGCAGUGGUUGUGGGCUGCAGGACAUUUACAGAGGGAGGAUGCUUGGCUGUGUCACUGGCUUAGGGGAGCAGCAGCAGGAUUUGGGCCUCUUUCCUGCAAAUUCACUCAGAGCGACUCCUAAGAGAUUAGCCCCAGAUCUACAGUCUGACCCCGUAGUGGGGUCUGUAUGCAAUAGCAACGAGCAAUGUAAUUCUUACUCCUCGCUUCCAAGCACCGAGAUUCACAAACUGAGCUCACUGAAGUGCCCUGGGGAAAUAGCUUUGUCAUUCACACUCUGUCAUCUGUGCAUAACAGGACGCUGGAACGCAGCGAUGAAGGCCCUGCACCUAGAGUGAAAGCACACAGGUCCGUCUCUCCACCCUGGAAGCAGCCCUGUCGAUUUUUAUCACAAUUAGAGCUGGGAGACAGCUGAAAGCAGGAAGUGUGCCAGGUGGUGCUGGUGCAGAAAUCCAGCCUCCCUGGCACACAACGGCCACCUGAACGGUGUGAGGUGCAAAGACACUGGGAUUUGUUUCUCCGGGCAGGAAGAAGCAUCCAAGCCCCCUUUUUCUCCCCAAAGAUCUGCUAUUCUUUUCAGCAGCUGGAUAAGAACUAAAUGAAGGGCAUUUGCUGUGCUUGCCCUGAAGCAUGGCAGUGUCUGUCCUCGGGACACAACUCCUGUCAGCAGCUCAACGCAGAAUGCCCCAGACAUGCUUUAUCUGCUGCUGUGCAGGUACGCUGCUGGGAGAUCCAUGCCCUGCUCUCAGCACCAGUGCUUGAGUGCAUGGGAGAGUCCAGCCCUUGCUGGCUGGCAUUUCAGCAUGAAUUCCUUCCCCUUUGCUCUCAUGUGGGAGAAAUGCUGGUGCUCCUUCAUCAAACAUGCCCGCUGUGCUCGUGCCAGGACGUAUGCUUAAGUCUCUGGCCUCAGUAUCAUGAACAAAACAGAAUGCAUUGACUGGCAGCAACUGACAUUGUCUCAGUCUUGCACUCCUCUGGAGCUGCCUUCGGGGUAGGGCAUAAGAAGUCACUUGCUUUUCACUGUCUGCAGCAGGAUCUGUGCACAAAAGUGCCUUAGGUCCGAGCCUUGCACCCGGUUUCCAGCUGUCACCAUCACAGCAGUGUGUGCGGGUCUCGCUCCCUGCCCUCAUGUCUGGUUACAGCCACAACCUGCUUCCUGGGGCUGAAAUUUCGGUUUCCAGGAGCAAAAGCAAGAACAGUUUGUGUCUGUAGGGUACUAUAGGGAUCCCUAUUUCCAGGCUUUAGAUCCUGGGAAUGUUUGGUGCUUUUGCCGGAGUUCGCCGACACAGGCAGUGCAGAGAGGUCUCUACUGCAAGACUGGAGCAGGGUGAUUCAUGCCAAUGAGCAUGCAGAGCGUCGUGAGUGGGGGGGGGGAUGCAGGCCAGUGCCGUGCCCUGUGUCCUGCCAUAGCUCUCCCAGGAGGAACGCUGGCACUUAGGUGUGUCCCCCUAAUAUAGCACUCUGCCCUGUGGUACUAACAUGAAUGUUCACCUCCAGCUGGAGAGGAUUUCCAGUUCUGCAGUGGCACUGCCUAUAUUCACAUCUUCGGCCCGAUGCCAGUGCUGCAGCUUGUAAUGCCAUGCAGCGUGGCUUUUCACCCCGAGAGAACAGCUGUCUAUUCCCAGCUGUGGCAUCCUGAAGGCGGCCCAGUUGUUUGCAUGCAUCCCGGCCUGAAGACUCACACGGAGAGAGAUUCCUGACAUUUGGAAUUCCCUCCCUUUCCCAAGUCCAAAGGAAAUUCUGUCUCAGAUUUCCUUGCCAGACACGAUUCUCCACAGCAUCAUGAUCAUCAUCCAGAUGGCCAAGAUCUCGCUAGCAUGAGGGAGUCUCUAGCUAUGGAAGAAACUUGCUCCAUUCUGCUGCUUCUCGGCAAGAGCUGCAUUUUAACGAGCCCCCUCCAAGCCUUAGAGGUUCAGGAGCAAAGUACAAAGAAACGCUGAGAAUAGCUGCUCUUUUGUCCUCAUCUUCAUCUCUGGAUCUCUCCAGAGACAGAUCUUGCCCCGGAGGGAAGGGCAGGGCACAUUAGCCGACAAUUCCUUUUUUCCUGUGAACUUUGUUUAAAUAUUUAACAGAAGGAAACUAAAAAUAUCCCGGGUUAAUGCAGCGGGAACCAGACAGCUGCUCGCUUCUUAGGUGUUCUUCCUCCCAGCCCCUCUCUUCAGGCGCACACGGCGAGGCGAGAGCCCCCAGUCCAGUGGGGAAGGCUGCGGGAGAAAGGCUUCCAGCUCGGGAUGGGCUGCGGGGCAGGGCCGCCGGGGACCAGGAAGGGGCACGGCCGCGGCUCCCUGGGAGCUGCAAGGUGCACUGCGGCGGGCGCAGGGCUGGAGAUGCUCAGCCUCCACGAUGACUCCCUCCUGAGUUCCCAUGGCCAAGCACUCUCUUUUCUCCAUCCCACAGCCGCAGGAGGGCACAAAUGGGAGUUGUCAGUUCUCGCGCUUCCCCCUUCGCAAUGAAGGGACGAGCUGAAUAUCGUGAAUGAUUUUUCCUGCAUGAAGUCUGUGCUGCGGAGUGAAUCCCGGGUCAGUGAGCAGCAUGAGGCAGAACCUCGCCGUGUGACGAGGUGUUGCUGCAUCUGCGAUGGACCCUGGUGCCUGCAGGAUGCCUCUCCUGGUCUCCUCCAUCCAUUCCCUGCAGCUAUGGCACUUCCUCCUCCUGGUUUCAGCCAUUCCUCCACCUGCCGUCUGGUCUCUCCGCCCUCGUGGCCCCAUGGCUGCCCGACCUCUCUGUGCCCGUCGCAGCCCCUCAGCCCUCCGGCCCAUAUGCAUCUGGGACAGGACCUCACUGCCGGAGUGGGAUUCGCGCCUUGCCACGCCACGCCAGCGGGUCCUGAUCCCCCGAGGAGGGGACCUGCGCCACACCGUGCGGCUGAGACGCCAAGCAGCAGGAGCCAGGCCUGCCACCCCCUCUGGCUUUGAGGAUGGCAUGCCCUCCUCCCAGUACCCCUGGGCCAUAGUGUGGGGCCCCACAGUGUCUGAUGAGGAUGGAGGGGAUGCCAACUCGGCCAAUCCUGGCUUCCCACCACUGGGUUACACCUUUGUCUCACCACGCGGGAUGGCGACGGCGCAGCCCAACUCGCACUCGCUGCUGCACAAUGCGGGGCUCAACCUCCGUGAGACCCCGGCCACCCUGCGGCCCUUCCUGUUUGGGCCCCGGGGUGAAGGAGUGGACCCCCAGCUCUACGUCACGAUCACCAUCUCUAUAAUCAUUGUCCUGGUUGCCACUGGGAUCAUAUUCAAGUUCUGCUGGGACCGUAAUCAGAAGCGCCGGCGCCAUUCUGGGCAGCAGAGCGGUGGGAGGCAGCAGGACAGCCAGCAGCCCCUCACAGACCUCUCCCCCACCGCCAUCAGCAUCCUGGGGCCCUACAGUGACUCCCUAACACCCACUUCCGAAGCAGAGGAACCCAGGCAGGGGCAGGAGGGUGUGGAGAAACUGGGGGGCCAUGGGAAAAGCACCGCCUUCCAGCUCAACCGAAUUCCACUGGUGAACCUGUGAUGCAGAUGGGAGAAGCAGAGCUGGCUCCCCCACCCUCCUGCCACAGCGGGGAGCCCACACUCCUACCACCUCUGCUACCCCAGGAACAAAACAAUCUCCUUGUGCCACGGCCCGCUGCCACAGUUGUUAACUAACUCCACCAGGACGUGCCUGGGCAAAUGGACGAGCUGGGCCUCGCUAGCAUCCUGCCUCCGUGCAGGACGGGAUGCGGAGCGAGCGGGACGUGGGAGGGGAGGCAGCUGUUGGUUUUGUGAAGUCAUAGCCUGUCCUGCCUCUCUCCUCACACACACGCGCGCGCUCUCCGACCUCUGCGACUCUCCCACCAGUGCAUGCCUGACAAAGGGGUAGGCAGGGUGGAAAGGCAUCCCCCUGUCCCCAUGGGCCCAAGCCCCUCUGUGUGUCCCUUCCUGUGUCGUGUGCUUUGAUGUGAACGUCUGGAGUUCAGUGGCUGCAGCUUCACCUCUGGGCUGGGGAUCAGGUGAUGGCAGGUCCUCCUGUUCCCAAGGCCUUGGCCUUCCUGAGGGCCCCAAGGUAAAUCUUGGGAAGAAGAGGCUCACACAGCACCUGACCCUCCCAGCUAUCCAUUUCCUUGAAGGAAGCGUUACCCUACAUUUGGUAUUCACAUCUUCCCAUUUUCUUUCUGCCUAACACUCCUCUGUUUUCUGUCUUCAGCUUGUAUCUUUCUUCAUCUCUCAGUCCCCAGUGUUUCUAUUUUUUUCUCUUGGUUCCUCCUCCCCUCUUCUCUUGCCAGUUAAGGUUGGAAAAAGUUCUGUUAGGUUUCCCAAUGCUUAGAUCCCUUGGAAGUCUCCUUGCUGCCCCAUUCUGCCCCCCCAGUCUCCUUCAUCAAGUUUUUAUCUUUACUCUGUGGUGAUGUUCUUCAGAAAAUCAGAGGUGAAGCCUUCUGGGCAUUUAGCAAGAGUCCUGUCCAUUGAGAUCCUGCUGAAGCAGCGAAAGUGUGACAAGCAGAUACAGCUGGGUAUGAGGAGUGUGAGCUUUGCUGGGCUGUGGUAGGGAAUUGCUUUCUGACACUCAUGCUGCAGGCAAUGAGCAGCAGAGAUGACUCUGUUUGCUUGGGAUGGAAAAGAGCAAUUUAGAGAGCUUUGGAGGGCUGACAUGCACUACUGGGAGGUCUCUCUUGGAACGCCUUGUGAUGGGAGAGCCCCGAGGCAAUGCUUGCCAAUAGCAUGAGAGAGGGGUACCUAUAUGUGGCCAGACAUGGGAUGCCAACUUCCCUGAGCACGCAUUGUUAACUACAGUUGUUGCCCUCCCCAGGCUUUUGUGGACACCUUCAAAUAAAUUCACAGACCCACAUAGCAGCCACUGAACUGCAGAAUGAUGAAAAUUUGGGUAAGGUUGCCCCAAGAGCGCAGAAAUGCCUUCAGCUGCUGGACUGAUGUGUCCAGAGACAGGAACUCGGUCACCAUUUUAAGGCUGUAAUGCACCACACAAGGUCUCUGACAGAGAGUUAUCUGUUAUCUCCGAGAAUAGGAAAUGGCCUUUCCCCCUUUAUCUCUGUAGUAAAAGCAUAUUCUUGACAGGACAAAGCACAGGGAGUUUCCCACGGGGUCUGGUUCUGCCCAUUUACCCAGCUGAACGACUGGUGAUCUCAGGUCCCACCUGGCUCACUGUGAAGGACAUUUAAAUGAGAGGGUAACUUACAAUAAGCUUCAUGGAAAACAGUAGAGAUUUGGAGAAAAUGACAGGUCAAAUAAAAUUAUCGGCUUAUUAGAAGCACAGAAUGGCUGAAAGAUGUAGGUGGAAAAGGACUCUGGAGGUCUCUAAUCUAAGCACAGGCUGAGUCUCCGCUCUCAGCAGUGGAUAUUAUUGCUUCACUGUAAAUCAAUCUAUUACUGAGCUUUUUCUUUACUGAGGCCCCUCUGGAGGCUUUAGUGGACAUUUCAAGCUGUGGACAGACAAACAAUGGAGCAAGUGGCUCUUCCUGCCUGCUGCCCACUCCCACCACCCCUGAGUGCAGGUCAGGGCUGUUCCCCCUUGCGCUGGCACGAGCAGAGCUGGAGAAGGAUGUCUGCACGCAGCCUGCAAAGGGCUGCAUCAGUUAUUCCUGGCAGUUUACAAUAUAAUGCCUUCAACUUGUUUAAGUAAUCUUCCAGACCAGGCUAAUUAGAUUGCUCUUUGAUCAAUAGCGCUUGUUGAAACAAGGCCAGAGUUUAGACUCUACCACUUCAAGGGCUGUCCUUGGACUUUCCACAUGCUGCGUUCGAGAGAAGGCCUGUGAGAAAGUGGCAGGGCACUGCAGAAGGGGUAGUGAAAACCUUUUCCAACACUUGCUGCAGGAAAGCCCUGUGCUCUGCUGGCCAUGCUCUGUAAACUCUGCAAACGCAUUAGAUUUCAGUGUUUUGUUUUGUUUUCCUUUAAUGUGCCUCUGUUCCUAUUCAAAGUUAUCUCCAAGGAAUGAAACCUUUCAUGGAUGUUGUGGUAAGAUGGAAGCUGGGAAAUGCUGUAGAGAAAGCUCUUACAAUAACAGAAACUUGGAAACGCUGAAUAUCUUUUCCAACACCGACUAUUCUAGCCAAACAUGUUUUUAUCAUGGUCAUUCACUCACAUGAAACAGCUUAAAUAUGGGAAAAACCUUCACUGUCCUUCCAACAUUCAAAACAUUCAAAAUGUGUUUGGACACAUAGGCUUCUUCCAGUCAAUAAAUAAUCUCACUGGAUCUGUUUUCCCCGUGGCUGGAGCCUUACAAACCACCUUCUCCUGUGCAGAAUGGAGCCUGCCGUCUCACCUGGUCCCAGGUAACAUCCUGUGAGAUGCGCACACACAGACCAGUUGACACCGCCAAGCGUAAGGCCAGAGCAGAGGCCAGCACCCUCUCAGUCUCAAUCUGACAGGUUUCCCUGUCUUGCGGGUGACCGGAGGAAAAAGAUCUGGGUUGAAUUUUGCCCAGUAGAAAUUUCACAGUGAGAAACGUGUGUGGAGAAAACUACUGAAGAAGUUUGUUGAUUUGGGCUGAGCCUGUCUGAUACUUGUGGUCAAUUAGAUGGAAAUGCCUGGGUGGGCUGGGCAGCCGCGUCCCUGUGGAACACCUCAAGGGACAUGCUUUUGCUAACAAAAGGCCUCGUGGUCUUCCUUCUGGGGGAAGGAGGAAAGGCUCAGGGCACAGUCCUUCCCCUCUGCCCUGUCUUGUGUUGUAGCAAGACCCCAGCUCUCUUCACCCGACAGAGUGAGGUGACCACUAGGCCAAAUCCUGCUUGAGCUUUCCCAUCUGGUUGGUGGUGACUGGUUGACAAGGGAACAAAGCUCAGCCGUGUUCUUCCACAGCUCUCCUCCAGUGUGACUUACAGCAACACAUCCAGCCCAGUGUCCCACAGCUCCAGAGAGGGCUAUCUACCUCUUCCUCUGUGGCACCGAAGUGCCCUUGUAAAUCUGGCCCUUCACACCCUUUCCUUCUAAGGAAAAAUGUUUGGAAAAGAGCUGUUUGCUCACCUCCCACACAUUCUCAUGAAAAUACCAUCAUCUUCGGAUCGGUCUGAGUAAAACUGUGGUUUUGGCUUUUCUCUCUGAAAAACCGCACCUAUGGCACAGCCUUAUAGUCAAGUCCUGCAGCACAAAAGCCCCGGGCCAAACUCCAGCUACUCGACCAUACUCCAGCUACAUGUCACUAUAUCCUAGCCUGCCUUGGCAAGACAAUAGAGGGGGGCCCUUCUUUCACCAGCUGCCAGCCCUCUGUUCCUCCUUUCCUGUUGUUUUCCCCCUCCCACUGUUUCCCCGCUCCUGUCCUGUACCAGAGUCUCCCUCCAGGUUCUGCUCCCCUCCUGCUGUUUUGCUCUCCCACUCUGCUCUCGUUCUCUCUCUGCCAUUUGGUCUCGUUCUGCUGCAGCUCCCACCCUCCCUUUGCUCUUCCUCCUGCUUUCCGCUCGGUCUCGCUCCCCCUCCUCUGCCCUUGUGCGCUGUGAUAUAUAUUUUUGUAGGAUUUCUCUUCUCCUUGUGGUGAAAUACUCAAUUCUUGUGGGAUGUUAGUUUCAACAUUUUUAAAUAAACCUUUGCAAAAUAC